AUGGCAACUACACCCUUCCCGAGCAUCAACAGUACGUACCCUCGGCCGUCAUCCGAGACGGAGGUCCUCGAGGCUUUUAUCCCCGGAUAUUCAUUCGUCUCUCGAUUUGCCGCUUCAUACCUGCACAUUGACAUAUCGUAUUACGUUCCUUUUCUCGUCGCGACGGGUAUCCUCAUUGCAUCCAUCAAAUUCAGCUCCGGGAGGAUCUGGGAGCUGUGUCGGACGUAUUUUGUGUCGACGGCGGAGAUCCGACUCGACGAUGAGAUCUACAAUUAUCUCAUGUUUUGGAUGGCAAAGCAGCCGUUUGCCAAUCGGACGAUUCAUUUCGUCGCGGGGACCAAGACGAAAAGUUCGAUGAGGUAUUGGGAGGAUGAAUCCGAUCGCGGGUCUGAUGAUGAAGAUGAAGAGGGCAUCGAAGGCGAAGUAGGUGUUGGAAGCAAGAACGAGAAAGGGCAGACCAGCUUCGACGACUACUGGGCCCGGACGGUCAGUCGAGACAAGUACAAGAAGCUCCGGUUCACGCCAUCGAUAGGAACCCACUACUUCUGGUAUAGAGGGCGCUUGCUAGCAUUCAUUCGCGAGCAGGAUGAGAACACCAGCAAACUGACCUGGCUGCUCAACAACGAGAAACUAUAUAUCAGCUGUCUGGGCCGGGAUCCGACCAUCCUCAAGGAGUUGCUCGCUGAGGCGCAACAGACAUACGUGGAACGCGAUGGGAAUCGCACCGUCAUCUAUCGCGCACAGAAGAACGGCUCGUAUUUCGACUGGGUGCGGUGUAUGGCGAGGGCACCACGGCCUCUGUCCACCGUCGUGCUUGAUCACGAGCAGAAGCAAGCGUUUAUCGAAGAUAUCAAGGAAUAUCUUCACCCACGAACACGCCGAUGGUAUUUUAUCCGAGGUAUCCCAUACCGACGCGGUUACCUCCUGCAUGGACCUCCGGGUACAGGAAAGACGAGUCUGUGUUUUGCGGCAUCUGGAUUGCUGGGUCUCAAGCUAUAUCUUCUUAGCUUGAACUCGAAGACUCUUGAUGAGGAUGGCUUGAUGUCGUUAUUUCAAGAGCUUCCUCGAAGAUGCAUCGUCCUACUGGAGGACGUCGACAGUGCUGGUAUCACAAACAAGCGAAGCAAUGAAGAGGAAACGGAGCCGUCACCUGAGCAGGGCUCAAAGGGGGCAGAACUUGAAAAGGGAAAGCCCAAGGAGGAGAAAGAGGAAAAGGGGGGUGUUACCCUCUCUGCUCUACUCAACGUCAUCGACGGCGUGGCCGCCAGUGAAGGCCGUAUCCUCGUCAUGACGACCAACCACGCUGAGAACCUGGAUCCUGCCCUGCUUCGUCCUGGACGUGUCGAUAUGAGCAUUCAUUUUGGAUAUGCCGAUCGCAAUGCGAUGCAGGAACUCUUCUCUUCCAUUUACGCCACACUCGAAGGUGACUUGCAGCCAUCGUACGUGAAGCGCGCGGUGGAGAAAACCAAUGUGGAUGAAAUAAAACGACCAUCACGAGGUCAGAUCGCUGCAUUGGCUGCCGAAUUUGCCUCGCGUGUCCCAGAAGGAGAAUUCACUGCAGCUGAAAUCCAAGGCUAUCUUCUCAAGCACAAGGACCUGCCAGAAGCUGCGAUCGAAGGGGCAGAGGAGUGGGUGGAAACCACCCAAAAGCAGCGGGAGGAGAAGGUAAGCAGUUCUGCGAGGCCAUCAGCUGGAAAAUAA